AUGGCGAGGCCCUUAUGCACAUCCGCGAUCCGUCUACAUGGAGACCAAUCAAUCGACUUAGAAGCCGCUAAGAAAUCACCGUAUAAAUGGUCUGAAGAGUGGCUUGACUCAGUGCCUCUAGAUCAUUUCUCUUUCGGCAACAAGGGACCAGUUCAAGCUGCGGGUUUUAUGUGGGACAUAGCACCGGAAUUCCACGCCGCUGUGGUUUUCGCCGAGCAUCGAUUCUACGGAAAGACACAACCAUAUGGCACAACCAGUUACAAUACUACUGAUCAUCUAGGAUAUCUCAGCUCAGAACAAGCGCUUGCCGAUUUUGUGCUGCUCAUUGAUUAUCUUAGACAGGAGAGAAUACCUGGUGCCGAAAAUUCUCCCGUGAUCGCUUUCGGCGGUUCAUACGGUGGGAUGUUGGCCGCAUGGAUCCGAAUCAAAUAUCCACACAAAGUUGCUGGGGCGAUUGCAGCGUCAGCACCAGUGUUCUGGUUCGUUGACUCGCAUGUUCCAGAAGAUAUCUACGCUAAGGUACUUAUAAUUUGUUUACUUCUAUUUCGAAGCUUUAUUUUGCAGUAG